GCAUACGCAAGUGCCGUGAACAUUCUAGCUUCAAUCCAUGCACCAGCAUCACCGAGCUCAGGAUGCGGUUCCACACUUCCUUCAGACCUCAUCCCAGGCGCAGCUUCGAUCAACAUCACCUUGGACUCUCCUCUCUCCUCGCCCAAUGCCACCCUGCAAAAGCGACAAUACAGAAUCCAUCUCCCAGCCAAUUACGCUGCCUCAAAUGAUGUCGCACAUCCACUCCUCCUGACUUUCAACGGCCAAUUCCAACCAACCAGUAGUAUCGAGAAUUAUACUCAAUUCUCCCUUCCAUCUAUCAAUCCUAACGCAAUUGCUGUCUAUCCCGAAGGCAUCGGCAACCAGUUCCUCGGAGACCCUACAACUCCGAAUUCCUCUUACAUCAACGACGUACAAUUCGUCUCUGAUGUUCUCGACGAUCUGGAAUCCAAACUCUGCGUCGACACGAACCGAAUUUAUGCCACGGGUCUCAGUAAUGGUGGUUCAAUGACUGGAUUACUGUUCUGCAAUGGAACUGUCGGAGGGAGGUUUGCGGCUCUGGCUGGUGUUGCUCCUGCAUACUAUUCCGAUGACAAAUUGACUGAACCUUUAUAUGGUGCGGGUUGUGGGAAAGAUCGCGAUGGCUUGAUAAUUCCGUAUAUGGAGAUUCAUGGGGAUGUUGACAAGGUUGUUGCGUAUGGUGGAGAUAAUUCACCGCAGGCGAAUACUCUUCCCGUCCCGGUGUAUCUGGCCAAAAUUGCAGAGCUGAAUGGUUGUGAGGAUGAUGCGAAGGGUAUUCUGAAUGGUGGGAAUGUGACGAGGUAUGCCUGGACUUGCAACGAUUUGGAAGAUGUUGUUGUACAUUACAAGGUCAAAGGUCUG